CGUGCGGUAGUCACUCGUCCUUGGUCCUGCUACCCGAAUUUUGUCAAAACUUUUGUGAAAGGACUCGCUGACUUUCGCGUAGCGCGGAAAAAAUACACUUAUUGCAAAGUGCAGUCAGCAAUCGAAGCGAAGCGAAACGAAUCGAAUUGAAUAAAGUCUCAAGUGCUGCCUGAGAAAACACAAACAAAAGUAGGGAAAAAUCAAAACUACCAAUUCAAGCGAUUUAUUCAUGAUUUUUGUUGUUUUUGUUGCGUGCCGGCAUUAAAACAAAAUAGAAAGUAAAUACAGUAUAAGCCAAAGGAAAAGGGCAAGUCGGUCGGCUGAAUUAAUCAAAUUAAAAGUACUUGGCCGUGCAAUUACGCAGAAUGCCGUUUGCCUUUUAAGUUGCAUAUUGUUCGGCGAUCGAAGGAGCAGUGGGCGCCGUGCACUGCAGACUGAAGCAGAGCGGAUUGCACUGGACUGGACUGGAGUGAAGUGGAGUAGAGAAGCGGAAAAGCGCGGAAAAGCGGAAAAACGAACGUUAAGCAGGCGAGGCAAGGCGAAGCAAGGUGCGGUGCGGCGAGGUGAGGUGAGGUGGAGAAGAAGUGCCACUGACAGUGGCAGUAAGUUACGGGCCAAGUUUCGCCGGAGUCGCCUUGUCGCUGGCGCAACUGGCAUAACUCAGUGCUGAUGAAAUAUGGAGCUGCUGCAGGCCCUCUGCUGUACGCUGCUCCUGCUUUUGGCCCGGAUGCAAGUUCUGCUCGCCGUCAGCUGGGAGGAUUGGUGGACAUACGAUGGCAUCUCAGGACCUGCCUUUUGGGGCCUCAUCAAUCCGGAGUGGUCGCUGUGCAACAAGGGUCGUCGCCAGUCGCCGGUCAAUCUGGAGCCCCAACGCCUGCUAUUUGAUCCCAACUUGAGGCCCAUGCACAUAGACAAGCACAGGAUAUCCGGACUGAUCACUAAUACGGGUCACAGCGUCAUCUUCACGGCCGGCAAUGAUACGGUGGCCAACUACGACGGCAUGCAGACGCCGGUGAACAUCUCGGGCGGACCGCUGUCGUACCGCUACCGCUUCCAUGAGAUCCACAUGCACUACGGCCUGAACGACCAAUUUGGAUCGGAGCACAGCGUCGAGGGCUACACGUUCCCGGCGGAGAUACAAAUAUUCGGCUACAAUUCCCAGCUGUAUGCAAAUUUCUCAGAUGCCCUCAAUCGCGCCCAGGGCAUCGUGGGCGUCUCCAUUCUGCUGCAGCUUGGAGAUCUCUCGAAUGCGGAGCUGCGCAUGCUCACCGAUCAGCUGGAGCGCAUUCGCUAUGGCGGCGAUGAGGCCUUCGUGAAGCGCCUCUCCAUCCGCGGAUUGCUACCGGACACGGAUCACUACAUGACCUACGAUGGAUCCACAACGGCACCUGCCUGCCACGAAACAGUCACCUGGGUGGUGCUGAACAAGCCCAUCUACAUCACAAAGCAACAGUUGCACGCACUGCGCCGCCUGAUGCAGGGCAGCCCCGACCACCCGAAAGCGCCCCUGGGCAACAAUUAUCGGCCGCCCCAGCCGCUCCUGCACCGGCCCAUCCGCACCAAUAUUGAUUUCAAGACGACGAAGUCGAACGGCAAGGCCGCCUGCCCCACCAUGUACCGCGAGGUCUACUACAAAGCGACCAGUUGGAAACAGAACUAGAAGUCAGUGACGUGAUGGCGUAACGUAACGUAUCGUAAGCGUAAGCGUAUGACGUAAGUAGCGAGCGGCGUGCAACAGGAGCUUCCACUAAACAUACAUAUAGACAAGGCGAUGCCGAGGCAAACUACACGGAACGGAAGGAUUCAAAUGGAAGAGGGCAGAGGGCAGGGGCAAAGGAAUGGGGUUAAGGAUCACAAAGGAAUCAGUGCAGCAGCAGCGGCCAAAAAAAUUGGCGAUUGGAAUUACACACAUCUAUAUAUAUAAAUAGGCAAAGGAAUAAUAUGGAUAGCGAUUACGAAUUACGAUAAUUAGCAUUAAAUGUGCAUUUUUUUGUCUCCCCCAAAACGUAAAUCAAUCAAACCUUGAUUGCAGUCAGAGGUAACUUUUUUUUGUGUGUGCAUAGCGUAAGAACAAUAACGAUAAAGGAAGAAAAAAAACAAAACAGCGAUGACUAGUAAUCAUAAUUACCGACAUAACCAUUAACGUAAUCCACAAAACCAAAUACUAUUGUAUAUUUUAUGUUAGGCCCGACAACGUGAAAAGA